ACCACAAAAAAAUCAAAGAAGUUUGAGGAGGAGAAGCUCUAGUUGCUGCUGCAAAAAUGGCUUCCAGAAUGGCAGAAUGAUGUUAUCACAGGUUUCACUUACCGUCUUCCAGAAUGGCAGAAUGAUGUUUUAUUUUAUUAUUCAAUGCCAAUUGUGGAUGAUGAUAGUUUGAAUGUGCUUUUCAAUUUUAUCGCACAAAACCCUUAUUGUUUGGGUGCUGAGAUACAUGUUGAGCUCUGUGAGAAUCAGGAUGGAGAGGAAGAAGAUACAUGGAGCAUGCCAUCCGAUCAUGACGAUGUUGACAGAGAGGAGGAUGAUGCAGAAGAGGAGGAGGAAGAUGGCGAAGGAGAGCAACCUAAUUAUCCUCCAUAUUUUUACUUGCAGGAUAAUGAAGAGGACGACGAAUUAUCAUAUGUAGAUUCAUAUGGCGUAAUUCCAAUGCCUGUUGUUGGUAGCUUUGAAGGAGAAUUCUACAAGGGGCAGAUAUUUCACUUGAAACAAGCUGCACAGGUGGGGAUUAAAUACCACACACUACAACGCAACUUUCAAUAUGGUGUGGUGGAGUCGUCACCUUCAAUCUGGAAGGUCAGAUGAUUGAAGCACAAGGAUGACAAUUGUCCUUGGAUGGUGCGGUUUGGAUGUCGAGAUGUUGGAAGCGAAUGGACUAUCAGAAAGGCCGAGUUGGUGCAUUCUUGUAGCAGCACGACUCAACCGACGGAUCAUCGCCAUCUUGAUGUCGAUAUUAUAUCUGAGGCCGUCAAACAUUUGGUACGUGCCUAACCAAAUAUGAGUGUUCUAACUGUGCAAACCGAGUUGAAAGAUAAGUUUAAUAUGCAAGUUACUUACAAGAAGGCUUGGUAUGUGAAACAAAGAGAAUUGGAGAAGUUGCAUGGAAAUUGGGAAGAAUCCUACGAUUAUUUGCAAACAUUCUUGCGGGCGGUAAAGAUAAAAAUGCCAAUAUCAG